GCAGUAUCGCUUUAAUGGAUCAGUUAAUUUCUAUAGAAAUUUCACAGAAUACGAAAAUGGUUUUGGAAAUUUAGCGUCAGAGUUUUGGCUAGGACUGAAAUAUGUCCAGGAAAUGGCAUCUAACGGCAAAACAGAGCUUAGAAUAGAUCUAACUGCGGCCGAUGACACAACUACUUUUUCAACAUUCAAAGAUUUCUACCUUGGGGGAGGGCCUUACUAUAAUCUCCAUAUCAAACGAGGAAAUGCUCAGCUGGAUUCCGGAUAUUAUGGUUUGUCAAACAGCAAUGGGCGUCCUUUUUCAACAUUUGAUGUUGACCGUGAUAACUAUUCUUCUCGGAAUUGCGCUGUCUACAACCAUGGGGCCUGGUGGUACAAUGGUGUCGGCCACAUUAAUCUGAAUGGUGACUAUGUUAAACCUGGUAGCGUACGACACACAAAUCGUCGCGCUGGAAUGGUCUACUACUUAUUUCAAAACAACUGGACAUCUCUGAAAGUCUCUAAAAUGAUGUUCCGUCCAGUUUGAGUUUUUUGGAAGAAAAGUUAUAACACUUAUUUGCUUAACAACAUUUUUUUUACGUUUUUCAUCUUCAUUUUUUUUUAAAUUUUUAAUCUUUAUUUUUAUAUUCAUCGGAUAUAUAACGAUUUAAACAAGUUAUAUAUAAUGGUUUAUAUGAAAGACACAGUUCCUAAAUCUCAUUUCUCAGUCCUAUUAAAUCUUGAAUCUCGCUGAUCUAUAAUCAUUUAAUCAUUUUAAUCAUUGCAGCCAUGUAUACAAAACCUUUUUCGUUCGGCUGUGUUUAGUCUUUUGAAAUCCAUUAUAUAUAUUUAAAAUGACAUUAUGCCAAUCGAAGUGUAAAUGGCGAAUAUAAAAGUAAUAGUCAACAUAACUUUACAUUUUGUCUAGAUUGUUUGUAUUUGAUAUUUCAAUACGCAAAGUUAAAGUACAAGUAAUACAUUUCCUACAUAAAUUCCAAAACAAAAUCUAUGCUAAUACAUAGCCUUCGGAAUUUAUCAAUAAAAUUUAAUUGAUCGAAUAAGUGGGGCAGUAUUUUUAUAUUUUUGGUAGUGUAUUAAUUCUUUUGUUAUUAUUAUCAUUCUCAAAAAUAAGCCAAUAACCAUAAUGAUAGCCAUCUUUAAAAAUGUAAAGUCAAUUACCAGUUCACCCUGCCAGCAAAAAGAAUGAGCCUUAUGCUUUUUUUAAGUUAAUAAUUUGCUCGUGAGUUAUGGAGCAUGACGUAUGAUUAUUAUCUUCAAACUAUUAACCUAGGAAAGUAACCUUAAUUACGG